AUGUUCUGGACUGACGGACGCGGUGUACUGGUGGGCAGUCGACGGCGACUGUCUAAAGUGGUGAUAGGUGAAAGUGAAAGGAGAAGAGCUCCGUAACUGAACAGCACCAGAGCGAGACCCCCCACCCCCCACACGCACACACACACAUAACACGCGCGCGCAUACACGCGCACACACACACAGAGGGAGAGAGAGAGCGAGGCCCUGGGUCUGGCUUUGAGGCAGCAGCAGUUCAGCAGACACAGCCAUGGCUAACAUCGCGGUCCAAAGGAUCAAGCGGGAGUUCAAAGAAGUUCUCAAAAGCGAAGAGACGAGUAAAAACCAGAUCAAAGUAGAUUUGGUGGAUGAGAACUUCACGGAGCUGAGGGGGGAGAUUGCGGGUCCUCCCGAUACACCGUAUGAAGGUGGCAGAUUUCAGCUUGAAAUAAAAAUCCCAGAAACCUAUCCUUUUAACCCUCCAAAGGUACGGUUCAUCAGUAAGAUCUGGCACCCUAAUAUCAGUUCUGUGACGGGAGCAAUAUGUCUGGACAUUUUAAAAGACCAGUGGGCCGCUGCCAUGACCCUGCGGACGGUGCUGUUGUCUCUACAGGCUUUGCUCGCCGCGGCAGAACCAGAUGAUCCACAGGACGCCGUAGUGGCUAACCAGUACAAGCAGAACCCGGAGAUGUUCAAACAGACUGCGAGGCUGUGGUCUCAUGUCUAUGCAGGCGCUCCCGUCUCCAGUGCCGACUACAACCGCAAAAUAGACAAACUCUGUUCGAUGGGCUUUGAUAAGAAUGCAGUAAUAGCAGCCUUGUCUUCAAAAUCCUGGGAUGUGGAAACGGCAACAGAGCUGCUCCUCAGCAACUGAGGCAACGCAGCCAGGUGUGAGGAACCCCACCUCCCCAGCAUCCAUUCCACCAUUGCCUUUUCUUACACCCCUCAGUCCACGGCAGUCUGAGCCUCUUCUUAUAACAAGUUUGUUUGCUACAAACGCAACGCUGGUAGCGCCACCAUCGCCAAUCUGCACACCGCCCCGUUGCCUGCCUGACCCCCAUCUGUCCAUUACGCCUUCUUUUCUGACAGACUUAAAAUGUGUGUCCUUGUUAUAAGCUACCCAAACACUCACUCAUCUUGUAUUCCACGCCCUUCAUUCACAUUAGCGCCAACAAUUUUGUUCCUUAAUAUCGCAAAGAAUCAACUAACUGCCUUUGGCCUGCUGGGUUUUCAGGGUAAAAUGUGAAGGAAAUCCAGCAUUCUGCUCCUCCCAGUACAACAAAGUCCGCCUCCGGCAACCAGUUGGACUUUCUCAGAUAAUUCUCUUCCAGACAUUUAAUACCGUAAAAGGUGUAGCUGGAUUAUAUUAACUCGACUGGAUAGUGUUCAUUGAGCGGUGUAAUGUUAAAAAAAAAAAAAAUCAUAUCACAGAUGCUGCAUUACCCUGCAGUUUUCUUUUUCCGUCUAUAGAAUUAGAAAACAUUACACAUACUCUGCGCAUAAGGAAAAUGUUAACUGUAAAUAGAUGCGUGUAAAUUUGAAAAUACAUGGGGGAUAUACUGUUUUUUCUUCUUUCUUACAUGGCAUUGUAAAACAAAUUAUUUUAAAUACAAACUAUGCCUAGUUUACAAUUAUAUGGGGGAAGAUAUUUUUUUAUGCUUUUGAGAUCUAUGAGCAAUCCCUCUGAAAUGGCCGGUUGUUUAUUUCUUAUUUUUUUCUUGCUUAAGAUUAUUGCUCAGCCAAAGUCCAGCCCCGAUAAGGGACGGUCUGUUCAGGCCCCUGAAGGACACCACAUGCCACCUCGUUUUCUUGUUUUCCUUUCUUGUCCUCGCAUGAUCUGUGCUGCCUUUUUAUUUUUAUUUGGCCAAACGAUGUGGUGAUGUGAGGGUUCUGUUCGAUCCGACAUCCCUUCAGACUCGUGCAACUGGCAAGACAUUCCCCCCUCAACCUGUGGAAAGAGACACCUGGGAGCGCCGCCCUGCAUGCCACUGAAGCGUGCGCACAGUUAAGCAGAACGUCUGUCAGGAACAGAAGGCUUUUCUGUCGAGUGUGUUGCCGGAAAGCUCUCUUCUUCUGCUCCGGACAGAUUCACCCAAUAACCAACAGGAAACGUACCUCUAGAAGAAAUGAGUGACCGAGUUUGCAAUGCUGUGUUUAAUUUAUUUUUUAAAACAAAUUUCUGAGCGACCACGUUACGUUCAGCCGCGGAUUAAGGAUCUUCUCGGGCCGCUUCAGUCCUGAUGCGGCUCAUUAAGAGUGGGAGCUUCGUCACUAAAUCACCGAUCCACUCCCAAUGGCGCUCGGAUCAAAACCAUCGGCCACAUGUGUACAGGUGACGUCCCCAAACACGCUUUACUACACAGCCAAAUAAAAUACUCAUCGAGGUCCUUGAAUGAUGUCUGACGUGCCGUUAGAGGCCGAGACUCCUCUGAAGCAGAUGGCAGGCCCACAGUGUUAUUCAGACAUUUUUGAUUUGUGGUACACGGAUGUAAAGAAAUGUUAGGGAAGUGGGGUGACGACAAAUCCUCACA